CUACUAACAGUUUGCGGUUCAACCAGUAGGGGGAAGCAGAGAUCCACUGAUGGUGCUGAAGAGCCGUUUAAUAGCAGAGAGAAGAACAACAGGAAACGUCAGCAAACAACAGUACAUGUCAGAAAUGGCUACAGGAGUGGACCAAGUGGUUGGCAUGAGUCUUGUUGUCUUCAGCCUCCUGCUGUUUACAUACUACUCAGUCUGGGUCAUCGUCCUGCCUUUUGUUGACAGUGAUCAUGUACUACACAAGUAUUUUCUCCCUCGGGAGUACUCAGUCAUUCUGCCUGGCAUUGCAGCAGUAAUACUGCUCCUCUGUAUAGGGGCCUUCACAGCAGUUGUAAUGUGGAAAAAUCACAAGCCAAAGAAAGUGGACUAAUCUCAGGAUGUUAUAGGGACUGUUGUAGAUUUGAAUACGUGAAAUAAGCCUAGAUGCUAAACCUUCUCUGGUGGCCCCACAAGCAAAAAUCCCACCUCCAUUCUCUAAUAAUGGCUCCUGAACAACAACGUUCAUGCUUACAACGUAUCACUUGUGAAAAAUAAAGUUUCCUGAUAUUUAUAAUUUGGUUCUAUGUUCAGUUCAGAUAAGAGCUAAUAAGUGGAAAAUUAGCUUUUGUAUUUUAAAACCAUUUCAAACCUUUGACGUUGGCGCCCCCAGGUGGCAGUACAAAUAAAGACAGUGGGUGUCCGAUAACAUAGAGCACACAGAGUGGACCAGUUUCAUUGGGAUUGCCUCAUUCUUCUACAUACCAAAACGUGUCAUAGGAAUAACUUGAAAGGUAACACAAAACAUUGACACACAACAGCUUGUAAAAUUGUCAGCAAAUCACUUCUACAAUGACUGUUUACAUAAGUUCACCCCCUUUAGCAGUAGGCAGUGUUAACAGGAACCAUUUAGCUGACGGGUUUAUGGUACUGUGUGUUCAAAUCAAUAUCAUGUUUGAUAGACCAACAUAUUUAAACACCCCUCCACUCUGAAGGAUUUCAAAGGGAUCCAGUAUCUCAGACCAGCUACUGUAAAGGGGGAAUCUAAAACUACUCUGAUUACAAAGUUGCAAAUCUUUGUAAACGUGAAACAGGGAAUACUUCUAUGAAAGCAGAAUGUAAAUCCCUAUUUAAUGUAGCUGGUUGCAUCAGUCUCAUACUUACACACUCUCAUCUCAGAAUGAUUUUCUCUGACUGUUUUUUGACUGAUUAUUCAGAUGUUGUUUUCUGCUCAUUUUGACUAAUCAGUAAUUUUUUUCCUCUGAGGAAGUAGAACAUGUUACAUUCACAACACACUACAUUCUAAAAGAGUAUCUGAUGUUGUGAAUACUUAGAUGUCUUAUCCUCAAAUAUAAUACAACCACCUAUUUGAAACAUGGUUUCCAGGAAAGAAAAAAAAGUCUCAUGUUUGGGUCUGAACAGUUAUUGGCAGUAAUAUGGCAGAAUAUGUGUCACUGUUUGAAAAAUGUCAGAAUUCCAACUUAUGUGAAAGCAGCACAGUUCUGAAACUCUAUAAAUACUGUGACAUACUGUACAGGUGUCUGUUUUGUAGUGUGUGAAAGUGUGGAUCAUGUAUUGUAAAUUGUUUUGGAUACAAAGCAACAUUUUGUCUGCAGUCAGUGGCACACACCUACAGUAAGGCCGGGGAUGGGACUUCUGGUCCUUUUUCUCUGUUCAAUAAAAUGUUUAUUGGA